UGUCUCUUCAAAACUAUUACGUCAUCACGUCAGUCUGUGGGUCACAGUUUGGCAACAUGGCGGCGCACAGGCUCUCUCCAUCACUGAACAGACUCCUGUUCGCGGUAAAGUAUUCCUCAUUCCAGUCCAGAUGCUGUGCAGGACACUGCUACGCUCACUACUCCACUGUCUCCAGUCCCAGUGAGAAGACCUUCGAUAAGAUCCUCAUUGCCAACAGAGGAGAGAUUGCUUGCAGGGUGAUCAAGACAUGUCGCAAGAUGGGCAUCCAGACUGUAGCUGUCCACAGCGACGUGGACUCCAGUGCUGUUCAUGUAAAGAUGGCUGAUGAGGCGGUGUGUGUUGGCCCCGCCCCCACCAACAAGAGCUACCUCAACAUGGACGCCAUCAUGGAGGCCGUCAGAGCGACUGGAGCACAAGCUGUUCAUCCUGGCUACGGGUUUCUGUCUGAAAACAAAGAGUUUGCAAAGCGACUGGCAGCAGAGAACGUGGCAUUCAUUGGUCCAGACACCCAUGCUAUCAUGGCAAUGGGAGAUAAAAUUGAGAGCAAGCUGAUCGCUAAGGCUGCUGAGGUCAACACCAUCCCAGGAUAUGAUGGAGUCGUCAAGACUGCUGAGGAAGCCGUGACGAUCUCACAGCAAAUUGGCUACCCGGUGAUGAUCAAAGCUUCGGCAGGAGGAGGAGGGAAAGGGAUGAGGAUUGCCUGGAAUGAUAAUGAGACAAGGGAAGGUUUCCGCUUCUCGUCUCAGGAGGCAGCGUCCAGCUUUGGAGACGACCGGCUGCUUAUCGAGAAGUUCAUCGACAACCCCAGACACAUAGAGAUACAGGUUCUGGCUGAUAAACACGGUAACGCUCUGUGGCUGAAUGAGAGGGAAUGCUCCAUCCAGAGGAGGAACCAGAAGGUGGUGGAGGAGGCUCCCAGUACCUUCCUGGACCCGGAGACCCGGCGGGCGAUGGGGGAGCAGGCGGUGAAGCUGGCCAAGGCGGUACAGUACUCCUCCGCCGGCACCGUGGAGUUCCUGGUGGAUUCCAAGAAGAACUUCUACUUCCUGGAGAUGAACACAAGACUGCAGGUGGAGCAUCCAAUCACAGAGUGUAUCACUGGCCUGGACCUGGUGGAGCAGAUGAUCAGGGUUGCUAAGGGUUACCACCUGAAAUACAAACAGGAAGACAUCCCAAUCAACGGCUGGGCCAUCGAGAGCCGCGUCUACGCCGAGGAUCCCUACAAGUCUUUUGGUCUCCCCUCCGUUGGACGUCUGUCUCAAUACCAAGAGCCCCUCAACCUCAGCAAUGUCCGUGUGGACAGCGGCAUCCAGGAGGGAAGUGACAUCAGCAUCUACUACGAUCCCAUGAUCUCUAAGUUGGUUACAUAUGGAGCUACGCGAGCAGAAGCCCUGUCAAAGAUGGAGGACGCUCUGGACAACUAUGUGAUCAGAGGUGUCACCCACAACAUCCCCCUCCUGCGGGAGAUCAUCACCCACCCCCGCUUCAUCUCUGGUGACAUCACCACCAACUUCCUGCCGGAGGUCUACCCAGAAGGCUUUAAGGGUCUGCAGCUGGGGGCCGACAGUCGCAGGGAGCUGCUGGCGUCUGCUGCAGCGCUGCACAUCACCGCUCAGCUGCGCUCCCAGAGGCUGCUGGGGGACCUCAGGGUGUCCUCGGCCCCUGUGGAGCUGAGCCGCUGGGACCUGGUCGUGGAGCUGGAGGAGGGAAAACACUCUGUGGCGGUCACCAAGUCAGGGAAUGUUUAUACUGUGGAGGUGGAUGGAGAACAGGUGGAAGUCAGUGGACUGUGGAACCUGGCCUCCCCCCUGCUGCCACUCAGCAUCAAUGGCACACACAGGAUGCUACAGUGUCUGUCCAGAGAUGCUUCAGGAAGGAUUGACCUGCAGUACAAGGGCACAUCGUUUAAGAUCCGUGUUCUGUCUAAGCUGGCUGCAGAGUUGAACUCCUACAUGCCAGAGAAAGUUCCAGAGGACACCAGCAGCCUCCUGCGCUCCCCCAUGCCGGGCACCGUGGUGGCUGUGUCCGUCAAGCCUGGAGACACGGUUGCAGAGGGUCAGGAGAUCUGUGUGAUUGAAGCCAUGAAGAUGCAGAACAGUCUGACUGCUGCCAGGGGCGCAAAGGUGAAGAGUGUGCACUGUAAGGCGGGGGAGACAGUGGGAGAGGGGGACCUGCUGGUAGAGCUAGAAUAAAUAUUGACCUUUGACAUCAUCACCAGGAAGAGCCUUACCCCCUCUGAGUCCUCAGAGGAGGAUCCACACUGGACAAUAACAGACACUCCAUCAUGUUGCCAGUGGUUACUCUCCGGAGAGCCCCCCCCCCUCACCACCAUGACGAUGACUCAGCAGUCUGCUCCACAUGUAACACUAACCCUGCAGCUGCACACAGACCUCCUGUAAAUCAGUCCAUGCUUGUGUUGAGUGUGUUUUCUAGACCUGAUUGUUUGUGUUGUUUUUGGAGUCAGUUUAACCACAUUUCAAAAUAUUGUCCCGUUUCACCUUCAUGCUGUUUGCCUUGCAGAUAGUUUCAGUUAUAUGCCAAGGUUUUUAUGUCUGCUUCCAAUAAUAUGGACUUGGACCUUUGGUGUGUAAGCUGCUCAUGACUCUUCCAAAUGUUCUUUUUCUUUAGACAUUUUAAGAGACAGAUAUCUCAAUUACAGUAAAGAUGCUGUGCUCAUUCUUCCAACUGUAACUGAAUGAACUGCUAAAUGAACCGUUAGAUUUAGACUGGAGAAUGUUCUGGUUUCCAUCCUGUGCUCUGGAGUCAGGUUUCCUGUUGUUGGGGGGGUCCAUUUGUCUCCAUGGUGCAGGUCCAGCCUUGAUCAGACCUCACUGAACCGGUGUAUUUAUAUUACAACCAACUUCCAUCUGUUAAACAAUAAUGUGACUUCUAGAAGCAAUUGGCUGACCAGUGAUGAUUUACUGUAGGUUAGGUUUUCCUUAUUAGAGACAGAGAACACUUUUGCAAACAUCUUUCAUCUGUAAUUAAUGUAGAGGAUUUGUUUUAAUGUAAUAGAACUUUGAUUAAAAAAUAAACACUUAUCAAAAUAUAAAA